ACCCAUGAACUCGUCAGCUCUCAGGAAAACCGCGGGACUAUAAAUCAAGAAUUUUUCCGGUACAAUCAAGGCCAAGAAGAAAAAGGCAAAUCAACUUCUUCCAACCAUUUCAGAAGGCUGACAACGCAAAAGGAAAAAAAAUCACUUGUACGUUCGAAUGAUGUGACAUACCAUUUCAGCCAUUUCUGAGAUUUUCUUUCAUUGCUGUGAGCUCAUAGCUUAUGAUCCAAUCCAAGAACAAAACUGAAUUGCGGAAGAUUUGAAGAAAGAAAAGAGAGAAGUCUUAACGGAAUUAGUACGAAUGCGCACCUGUUUGGACUGUGCGUGAGAAAGAGAGUGAUUCGUGAAGGUUCUAGAAGGUGGAAAAAAGAAAAAUAUGUCGUUACCAAAAGAGCUGGAGCAGGUGAUGAAGGCGAGAGGAGGAUCAGUCUUGGGGAAGAAGACAAUUUUGAAGGGUGACCAUUUUCCUGGUUGCCAGAACAAGCGCUUGUCUCCUCAGAUCGAAGGUGCUCCCAAUUAUCGCCAGGCUGACUCCUUACAUGUUCACGGUGUUGCUAUCCCAACAACUGAUGGAAUACAAAAUGUUCUCAAGCAUAUUGGUGCCCAAAUUGGAGGGAGGAGAGCACAAGUUCUAUGGAUUAACCUUCGUGAGGAACCAGUUGUGUACAUUAAUGGACGCCCCUUUGUUCUACGUGAUGUGGAGAGGCCAUUCUCCAACCUUGAGUACACGGGUAUCAACAGGGAAAGGGUUGAGCAAAUGGAAGAUCGUUUGAAAGAAGACAUCCUGUUGGAAGCUGCAAGAUAUGGAAAUAAGAUCCUUGUGACUGAUGAACUGCCAGAUGGUCAGAUGAUAGACCAAUGGGAACCAGUGUCAUGUAAUUCUGUGAAGACGCCAUUAGAGGUGUAUGAGGAAUUGCAAAUGGGAGGAUACCUAGUUGAUUAUGAACGUGUUCCUAUAACUGAUGAAAAAUCACCAAAAGAAAUGGAUUUUGAUGCUUUGGUUCACAAAAUUUCUCAGGCUGACGUAAAUACAGAGGUAAUUUUUAAUUGUCAAAUGGGGCGUGGACGAACCACAACUGGAAUGGUCAUUGCAACUUUGAUUUACCUUAAUCGAAUUGGAGACUCUGGUUUUCCACAAAACAGUUCAAUUGGUAGAGUUUCUUCAUGUGCCACUGAUGUUGCUGAUCAUUUGCCUAACUCAGAGGAUACAAUCCGCAGGGGAGAAUAUGCAGUUAUAAGAAGUUUGGUUCGGGUGUUAGAGGGUGGUGUUGAGGGGAAAAGACAAGUAGACAAGGUUAUUGACAAGUGUGCUUCAAUGCAGAACUUGCGUGAGGCAAUUGCCACCUACCGCAAUAACAUUCUGCGACAACCAGAUGAAAUGAAGAGGGAGGCAUCACUCUCUUUUUUCACAGAGUACCUAGAGAGAUACUACUUUUUAAUAUGUUUUGCUGUUUACAUUCAUUCUGAAAGGGCUGUAAUCAGUUCUAGUUCUGCUGGUCACAGCAGUUUUGCUGACUGGAUGAGAGCUAGGCCAGAACUGUACAGUAUUAUUCGAAGCAGGUUGCUCAGGAGAAAUCCAAUGGGUGCGCUAGGAUAUUCCAGUUUGAAGCCAUCUCUUAAGAAGAUAGCUGAAUCUACUGAUGGCCGCCCUUCUGAGAUUGGUCUGGUUGCUGCAUUAAGAACUGGAGAGGUUCUUGGUAGUCAAACUAUUCUAAAAAGUGAUCACUGUCCUGGUUGUCAAAACCCAAGUUUACCUGAGAGAGUGGACGGAGCACCUAAUUUCAGAGAAGUUCCAGGGUUUCCAGUUUAUGGGGUGGCAAAUCCAACUAUUGAUGGCAUUCGAUCUGUCAUUCAUAGGAUUGGUAGUUCUAAAGGUGGGCGCCCAGUACUUUGGCAUAAUAUGAGAGAAGAACCUGUUAUUUACAUCAAUGGAAAGCCAUUUGUUCUCCGUGAGGUUGAAAGACCGUACAAGAAUAUGCUAGAGUACACGGGAAUUGGCCGUGAACGAGUUGAGAAAAUGGAAGCUCGGUUAAAAGAAGACAUUCUAAGGGAAGCGGACAAGUAUGGAAAUGCCAUACUGGUAAUUCAUGAAACAGGUAAAGGGGAGAUAUUUGAUGCUUGGGAACAUGUCACCCCUGACUCAAUUCAAACCCCUCUUGAAGUUUUUAAAAGCUUGGAGGCUGAUGGAUUUCCCAUUAAGUAUGCUCGUGUGCCCAUUACUGAUGGAAAAGCUCCCAAAAGUUCUGACUUUGAUACAAUUGCUGCUAAUAUUGCUUCUGCUUCAAAGGACACUGUCUUUGUUUUCAAUUGUCAGAUGGGCAGAGGCAGAACAACCACUGGCACUGUCAUAGCUUGUCUUGUAAAGCUUCGAAUUGAUCAUGGGAGGCCUAUCAAAAUCCUGGUUGAUGUGACACAUGAAGCGGAUGGUGAUUUCUCCAGUGGAGAUGAAACUGGGGGUAAUGCUAUUGUGUUAGCCUCUAAUACUUUGCAAAUAAAAACAGAUGGGAAACGUAACGAUGCUUUUGGCAUAAAUGACAUCCUCUUGUUAUGGAAGAUAACAACUUUAUUUGAUAAUGGGAUGGAGUGCCGAGAGGCUUUAGAUGCUGUUAUUGAUAGAUGUUCUGCACUUCAAAACAUACGCCAAGCUGUUCUGCAAUAUAGAAAAAUUUUUAAUCAACAGCAUGUUGAACCUAGAGUGAGGAGAGUGGCUUUGAACCGUGGUGCUGAGUAUUUGGAGCGGUAUUUCCGUCUAAUUGCAUUUGCAGCAUAUCUUGGAAGUGAAGCAUUUGAUGGAUUUUGUGGACAAGGAGACUUAAAAUUUACAUUUAAGAAUUGGUUGCAUCAGAGGCCAGAGGUGCAGGCCAUGAAAUGGAGCAUCAGAUUGAGACCAGGACGAUUUUUCAGUGUCCCUGAAGAAUUGAGAGCACCUGAGGAGUCUCAGCAUGGAGAUAUGGUGAUGGAGGAAGUUGUCAAGACUCGAAAUGGUUCCGUUCUGGGAAAGGGCUCCAUACUAAAAAUGUAUUUCUUUCCGGGUCAGAGAACUUCCAGCCACAUGCAAAUACAUGGUGCACCUCAUGUCUACAAGGUUGAUGAAUACCCUGUGUAUAGCAUGGCAACUCCAACUAUCACUGGUGCCAAGGAGAUGCUAGCGUAUUUAGGAGCUAAGCCAAAAGUAGACACCACAGUUGCUCAGAAAGUUAUAUUGACUGAUCUGAGAGAGGAAGCAGUUGUUUAUAUCAAUGGGUCUCCUUUUGUCCUGAGGGAGUUAAACAAGCCUGUUGAUACACUCAAGCAUGCGGGCAUCACUGGUCCUGUGGUGGAACACAUGGAGGCACGACUAAAAGAAGAUAUACUUGCUGAGGUUCGGAAGUCAGGUGGAAGAAUUCUACUGCAUCGUGAAGAAUACAACCCUUCAAAAAAUCAGUCUGGUGUUGUCGGAUACUGGGAAAACAUUUUCGCAGAUGAUGUGAGGACACCUGCAGAAGUUUAUUCUGCCCUGACAGAUGAGGGAUACGACAUUGUUUAUCGGAGGAUACCACUAGCAAGAGAGAGAGAUGCGUUGGCCUCUGAUAUCGAUGCAAUCCAGUACUGCAAAGAUGACUCUGCAGCAAGUUACCUUUUCUUAUCACACACAGGUUUUGGUGGAGUUGCAUUUGCAAUGGCCAUUAUGUGUAUUAAAAUUGGUGCAGAGGCAAACUAUGCAUCUAAAAGUCCGCAUCCAUUGCUUGGGCUGGCUAUAUCCCCAGUGUCUGAAGACAAUAUGAUCUCUCGAGCCUCUAACGAAGAAGCACUCAGGAUGGGUGACUACAGGGACAUACUGAACCUUACAAGAGUCCUCAUACAUGGCCCUCAAAGCAAAGCGGACGUGGACAUUGUUAUUGAAAGAUGUGCAGGAGCAGGACAUCUACGAGAUGAUAUUCUUUAUUACAGUAAUAAAUUUGAGAAGUUGACUGAUGUUGAUGAUGAGGAACGUGCGUAUCUUAUGGACAUGGGCAUCAAGGCUUUGAGGCGCUACUUUUUCCUCAUUACAUUUAGAUCCUAUCUCUACUGCACCUCUCCUGACGAAAUGGAAUUUGCCGCGUGGAUGGACGCAAGACCUGAGCUUGGUCAUCUGUGUAACAAUCUUAGAAUUGAUAAAUAAAUAACUCUGCUCAUAAAUAUAUUGAUGUACAGUUGACACCUGUUACCUUUUUUACCUCUGAAUCCAUGUGGACAGCGAGGUGAAAACAUGAGAUGAGAUAGAGAUAGAUCUUACCACUUCGCCUUU